AUGAACUUGGCGUUCCAGGAUCCGCCUCCGUAUAAGCAGCUCGCACUUCGACUGUCGAACCUCACUCGCUGUUACCUCAGCCCGCGCAGCACGAUCAAGGGCAGUUUCAGCUUACAGUUGGGCAUCGACAGCCUUAUUUACUGCCGCAUUUACAUCGUCCUGGGCAACCAGGACGUCAGCGCUAUCAUUUCGAAGGCCUGCCGCCGCUUGUGGACGCGGAACAUCAGAAACGCUGUAUCGUGGAGCGUUUACUGUGCCACAAGGAUCCUCGUAGCGAAAUGA